AGACCACUUUGUUUGCGGGCAACCAAGUGCCACCCUUAUUCUUGCUUUCGUCAUCUUCUCCCCCCCCACUGGCUAAUUUAUCCAAUCUGAGACAUAUUUCACCAAGAUCUGAAGUGUUCCAAACAUUUUUUUCGAUUUUGACCCACUUUGUUCCCCACAUUUUUAUUCAUCACAACAAGGCUUGUCGUGUGUAACGGAAUUUACAGAUCCUGGUUUAUUUUGCAGCAAUGGCUAUUGUUCAUAGACUUUACAUCACUGCCAGCAAUAACUACAGUGAGAACUUCCAAAUAGUGGCUGUAAACACCACGAUUCCCCUUGAAAUUGACUCAGAGAUCGGUGUUUUCAAGGUUGUUGUCAACAUUAAAGAUUUUGACGGAUCAAAACCUCAUUUGAGCAAUAGUUGCUACAACAUCGAUGAUGAUACUUUCCUUGAUGGCGAGCCAUUGAAUUUCAAGCGUAAUGAGCACGACAAUAUAAUACCCAAUGUCCGCAUGCAAAUUGAGUUUACGCCAAAGAAGGAUAUCAAUGGAGCCCAGUUGAUUUUUGGUAAUGAUUUCACCUAUCCUGUCAAGAAAUACAUUCCUACGAUGUUGUUAACUACCGGAUUAAAGUUGUAUAACUUGUUUGUGUCAAACUCGGUUCAGGGUAAUUUGUACAGUAACAAACCGUAUCUUUACGGGUUGGCAUUGAAUAACUUUACGUAUAUGGGAAUCGACAAUUUCAUGCAAAUUCCAAAAAUAAUCAACAGUAAAACGGUGCCCAUGGAUUGCGAAGAAAACGUUUCUAGUCAGUUGCACACUCUUACCCAUAGUACUUCACAGGGAAGAAUCAAGUAUUUCAACCAACGUGAGGAUUGUGAAGAGUUUGUAUUUAAACAGGGCGUUGCAUAUAACUUGCAAUUUGACACCAAUUACGUCAAAAUGUCAAAUUCAAAUUACGCCAUUUGUAUUCCGAAAUUUGACGUCAAUGUCAACAGAUAUGUCAAUGAGACAUUGAACAAUUUCAACUAUGUGAUCAAAGAAGGUGGGCACACUAAUGUCGAUGAAGGUACGGCUGGUCUUGUUAUAAAUUUCGCAUUAAGGGCAGAAGAAGAACACCUUGACAGCUAGUUGAUGGGCUAUUGUAUAUGGUAAACUAACUAUAUUGUUGCUUGCAUAUCUGCUACCGAGCUUUUUUUUUCUAUGCCAUUAUAACUAUUCAUUAUUUAAGCAUAAUAGUCAUAUAAUUCGCUCUCUUUAUAUAUAAACAUAAGAAUAAAACAUGUUCCAGG